AUGGAAGAUAUUGAGAGUACAGUCUUGACUACUGAAAGCCUCACGUCAGAAAGCAUUGCAACAGAAAGUGUUACUAAUGAUACGUUGGAUUUUGAUAUAGAGAUAAACCCAUUUGUUUUUGAUAAUUCCACAUCAUCUUCAGUGUUCGACCUAGAAUCAACUAUAUCUGGAUCAAAUGAUGGAA